CCAGCGGCUCGUUGGCGCCAGCAUUGGUCGUGACGUGUCGCGACGGGAGCGGCCGGAGGGUGGACGGUAUCCGCUAGCGGGAAGAUGCCGAAGAACAGCGGCAAGCAGGUGACGCCAGCCCCCGGCUCCGGCCCCGGCCUAGGGCUGCGGGAGCGGCUGGACGGACACGAGCUCGACCUGAGUCUCAGCGGCCUGAGCGAGGCGCCGGUGCGAGAGCUGGCUGCCUUGCCUAAGGCCACCACCCUGGAUCUGUCCUGCAAUAGCUUUGUCUUGUUGCCGCCAGAGUUUUGCAGCUUGACGCAUCUCAUCAGGCUGGAUCUCAGCAAGAACCAGCUGCAGGAGCUUCCCUCUGACUUUGGGCGACUUGUUAACCUGCAGCAUCUGGACCUGUAUAACAACAAGCUGAUCAGCUUGCCGGUCACCUUUGCUCAGCUCAAGAAUUUGAAAUGGUUGGAUUUAAAAGGAAAUCCGCUCGAUUCAACGCUCAAGAAGGUGGCAGGGGAUUGCCUGGAUGAGAAGCAGUGUAAACAAAGUGCAGCCAAUGUGCUACGUUAUAUGAAAACCAUUCAGUCUGAACAAGAUCGUGAGAAGCAGCGGCGGCUACAGGUUGAGCGUGAGAUAGAGAAAAGACAGGAAGCAGAAUUGCGGGCUAAGGAAGCAAGAGAACGAGACCUACGUAAACGUGAGAAAAUGGAGGAGAAGGAGAGACGCAGGAAGGAGUACGAUGCACAGAAAAUACAACAGUUGAAUGAGCCGAAGGAGAAACAUUAUGAUGGUGUGUUGGAAAAACCAGUUUCAUCCACAAGUCUAUCGACAUCUCACAAGAAGCACUCAUUCUGCUGGGUGUUGGUGAAGGUUCUCCUCUUCCUGCUGUUCUGCACAGUUGCCACUGUGGUACUGUGUAGGAAAAUAGAGCUCCCACACAAGCAGCUGUGCAGUACCGUGAAUCAUCUGUAUGAAGACGCACUUCAUUACCUGCAGAGAAACCAGGCUCUCCAGAGAAUGCUACGCAGCAUACCGUUUCCAUGACCAUGAGCCAGAUGAGUCACAGAAAUUCCUAUGGAAUUGAUGAUUAAUUCACGUGUUCUUCUACAGCACAUAGACCCUUCAAAUGGGUACUCGCCUCCCUGCAAAAUAAAUAUUUUUUUGCAUUCAA